AUGUCGACAAAGCUGGAUCUCCUGAUUGACCGGGUCACGGCGCUGGAAAAGGCUCUCUUGGCCCAAAGAGUCCAAUGCAAAGCCAGAGAGGUGACACCUACCUCGCCGAAGCAGCCGUUGCCGAUAUUCCAAGGUUCUACAAGUUCUGUUUUCUCCAUCAUCGUCGCCGACACGAAUUUAAAAGUGCUAGAACCCGACGGCACUAGUCCACCAAUCUCAGAUGAUAGUGAUUCACCACGCGCUCAAACAACUUUUUCCAUUGUCCACGGCCAAAUCAUUGAUGAGUUGUCCAAAGAGGCGGCAGACGGGGAAUCCGAGAGUAGGCCGAUCGUCUUACCUCGCGCUGCGGGGACAAGGUCCCAAUCGAUUGAAACACAGACUCAUAUUGACCUAAGCUGCGACGACCUCAUCUCGCUAGUUUAUAUUUACCAGAACCUAGCUGGCACCUUGUACCCUUUCUUGAACAUUCCGUUUCUAGUACAACAAGCAAGACAGACGUGGGCUGUAAAGCCGGCGGAACUUACACCCUCGAAUGAUGGCGUGGAUGUUGGGAGCAAAGAUGUUGCCAUCCUAAAAAUUGUGGCAGCGAUCGCGCUCUUGGCAGAGGGUGAAGGCCGUAAUGACUUGGCGUUGAGCCUGUAUCACAGUAUUUUACCAGAAGUGGAAGCUAUAGUAUGGAGCACGAAGCUGGAUCUCAAGGGCCUGAUGCUUUUACCUCUGGUGAGCUUGUUUUAUAUCCACCAGAGCAAAUGGCGCCUUGCCUGGCGAUUUUUGGGCAACGUAGCGCGGAUAGUCCUUGAGCUAGGGCUGAAUCGCCAAAUCGUCUUGGAGCGAUCAUUCCCCGACAUGGCAGACCGUACCCAGGCUAUCAACGCCAUAUGGACAACUUUUCUCCUAAAUCGCCUUCUCAGCUAUCUAUUGGGUGUGACAGUGGCCAUGCAGAAUCUUCACCUCGAUCCGACCUUUCCAGGUCCAGUAGAUGCACCUUAUUUGGAGGCUAUGAUCGAUUUCGACCGAAUUGGGACCCAGGCCAUCGAUGUUCUCAUGAGUGACAAGAGUGACGACUGCACCCGGAUCAGUGAUAGGAAAGAACAUUUUGCCUUCUUUCAAUAUCGACUCGACGAAUGGGGCAAAAGAAUCAGCACAGACUUUCAAUUCUUAUCCCAUGAUGCUGAAACUGAUAUACGGAAUGAACAGCUCCGCAUAUUACUGCAUCUGUGGAAGGAUCAUCUUCACAUGAUCGUCGCCCGCUCUUUUAUAUGUGACAAUCGGUGUUCUGCAGCACCAUUGGAUAUUUGGGCUUCUUCCGUCGGUGCAGCUGCGGAUACCAUUCAACACUUAUCUCAUCUAGAAUGCUCCACAAGGUCAUUCCGCUUUCACCAGUCCAAGUACAACCACUUCCUCAUCGCCGCAUUAGGUACACUCCUUCUGGCCAUCUCCCGGGGAUCAUCAAAUCCGGAUUCAAUGUCAUUAGGAGAACAGCGAAUACCAAUGGCACAAACCACAUACCUCAAGGCUCAGCAGAAUUCCGUGAUUGCAUUGAAUCUUCUUUACACUUUAGCCAAGACUUCACAUCACUUCCAGUUUUGGUUAGAGCACGUGCGAGGCCUGGCACGUCGUCUCAAAAUCUUGGACCGCUUGGUCCCUGGAUCAUUUGGCACAGAUGAUUCAAGGUUACAGAAUGAAGCCCUGGGAGAACAAAUUCGAAGUGCCAGAAACGCCACGACGGAGCUGAUAAGGAUGGCGGAAUCAUAUGUAUUUGAAAGUGUGGACAACGUGAUACCUCCCGGUUUGCAAGACUUAGACGUAUCGCCGUUAACUAGGGCGCCGUCCCUGUCGGAGUCAGAUCCAAUCCAGGACUUCGGAUGGUUUUUUGGUGGCUCUUUUGUUAACAGCCUUUAG